UGCGCGAUCCUGUCAAAUUUAGUUUCCUUUCCCUCGAUCCCCGGGUGCUCCGAUCCCGACAUGACUCGUGGAGCGUUUCACGGAGGUGCAUCCGAUUCUCCACAUCGCGAACGCCUAGAAAGAGAUGACCCAACACCCGUCCCAUGUCGCGACGCGUUGGCGGCCAGUGUUCUGCUCCAACUCGUUUUCUCCAGCUCUGUCACCGAGUCUGUUAGUAACAGCCGACGUACAGGCCCUGGCUCGUCUCGCAAUCGCUCUCCGCCAUCAGCCGCACCACAAAGUUUCCGGAAGCCAUCUGCAGCCACAUUUGCUGAUCUGCUUGAUGUGCAAGACAGAAAAUACCCCAUGGUCUCUCUGCAUCUGCUCCAGUGCUGAAUUCCAGCUCACCAAUCUUGAUGGUAUUCCAAAAUCUUGGCGCUUCACGUCUCCUUGUUCAUUGAAAACAUCCAACGCAGCCAUCGACACAAUUCGGAUUUCGCUACUUUACUGGCCGGAAUGACUUUGCCUAGCGAAGGCGACGCCGACCGCGGCGGUCUAAUGAUCAAAUUUUUGUGGAGCUUCGGGGGGAUUGCAGGUGUUAUCCUGGCAACAGGCUUGUACGCAAAGAUCCGCCUGCUCCGUCACCUCCGUUCUACGGACUACAUGGUAAUAAUGGCAUACAUCUGCGCCAUAAUCCAGAAUGCACUACUGACCGAAGCGUGCCGCUGGGGAUUGGGAAGACACUCGCGAUAUCUCGACCGCGCGGAAAAAUACCAAACGAUGAAAUUCAUCUUUCUUUGUCAAGGAUGGGGCGUCGCAAGUCCCAUGUUCGGGCGCAUAUCCAUUUGCCUGCUGCUCUUGAACUUCGUGGUGUCGAAUCUAAGGCUGAAGUGGUUUCUGUGGUUUCUUGUCAUCACGCAAGCGGUGGUCAAUAUCCUAACCAUCGUGUUGAUAUAUGUUCAGUGCGGAUCCCACGUGUCGGCGCUUUGGGACCCGGAGGUGGAUGCGAAAUGUUGGAGCCCGCUCGUGCAAAGGAAUUUUGGGUUUUUCCAAUGUGCUUGGAAUUCAUUUACGGAUCUGGCCUUCACCGUCCUACCCACAAUCAUGCUACGAGGUAUCAAACUCCCGUGGGCGAAAAAAGUAGGAGUGAUAUUCCUCCUCAGCUUGAGCGUCAUUGCUCUGAUAGCUUCUAUCAUAAAGGGGUACUUGAUAAAGGAGCUCGGUGCGCGGGAUGACUUUACAUGGAAUUUCAUCACAUUCCAGCUAUGGGCCUCGGCCGAGAACUACAUCGUCAUCAUAUGCGCCAUUGGGCCCGCAUUGAGAGCACUCCUUAGAAGCGAGAAGCGCUCACCUACCGAUGAAAUCUACGAACUAGGCAGUGGAACUCGUUCCAGCCGUUUAGGUGCUAUGAUGGCGCAGAAAUGGUGGUCGGCUUCAGGCGCUUCGCACAGAGAGAAGCCGGGGGACGACAAUGGCUUGGCUAGGAAUCGACCAGGAGGGUCCAGCCAGGAAAAUAUUCUGCCAUUGUCGGAGCAUUGCAUUGUAAAGAGGACGGAUGUGGAUUUGAUAUAUGAAGUGGAAAAGUAGGCACCGUACCGGCUCCCAGACCGAGCACUUGGCCAGAUCGCUUGCCAGCCCCGGCGUCGUGAGCAUUAGGUCGAUUGCGGACAUCCACCCCGCAUCGCUUACGAACUUAUCCCUCUGGGAAGGAGAAGACUCUGUAGGGGCAGCUCCGCCAUGAAGUCGAUGAUCGGCGCACUCUCCUC